AUGUCAACGUGGCAGUUGUUCUCCGACGCCGGUAAUAAUGUCCGAUGGGAAAUCUCCGAUCAACACCUCUGCAACCAAGAGGCAGAAUCAAAUCGUGCCCUCGAAUAUCCGCCUCCUCAAUCUCACCGCCUUCCUUCAAUGGCCGAUCUCUUGCUCCAAGGUACUGCAAAUGAAUUACUGUUUACUGGAUAUUCAAGGUUCACUGAAGUUCGGGAUGGAAAUUCGGACAAUACUCCUAGUUUUAGGAGCGGAUUGGGGAAAUCGGUGGCUGUGAAGCAGUCUUCGAUUUCAAGAGCCUUAGCGAUUCUCGGUGAUGAAGGAGACGCGGUCACGCAGACAGGAUGUUCGAGGUUGAGGGAUGUUCGCCAUGGCAAUUUGGAUAGUGCUUCAAGUUUUCGGACUGGACUGGGAGAGUCGGUGGGGGUGAAGCAGUCCUCGAUACCAAGAGCUUUUGAAAUUCUCAGCGAUGGGGGAGACGAGGUCAUUCCGACAGGCCAGCAGAUUAGAGGAGAUAAUGAAUUUGGUUUUUCAAAUACCAUUUCAUGGACCGGUCCAAGGAAAGCAAUUAAUGUACCAAAAUCUGUUUUGAGGACUAGCUUGGAGCAAAUGACUGAUACAUCAAAUUCCUUCUUCCAGACAGCCUCAGGUAAGACGGUCAGCUUAUCUUCUGCCGGUCUUUUAAGAGCCAAGGCUUUGUUGGGCCCAGAAGAACAUGGUGAUUGCAAGAAUUUUGAAGACCUUGAGCAGGAAGGACAGCUGUCAACCUCAUAUCAGCCUAGUGGUUUGAGAAGUUCAUUUCUUUUUGAAGGGGAAGCAGGUGUUAAUAACACACUGCUUAAUGGUGAUAUAAUACUCCCAAUAUCUCCCUUAGAUGGUAAAAUUAAUUCUGCAAGUUGUCAAUCGAAGUAUGUCAUUCCGGAUUUUCUGCAGAGUGCUCCAAAACCACCUCCAGUCAAGUUUCAAACUGCUGGUGGGAGAUCAAUAUCUGUUUCAAAUGAUGCACUGAAACGUGCACUUAGCCUGCUUGGAGAUCAGGAGGCGGGAGCCUACUCAGAUGAAGGCGAUGCAGCAGAUCAUGAAUAUCCAUUUUCCAGAGACAGAGAAUCCAAGAAUACAAAACCAAGCAAAGAAAAUGACCCUAAUACUCCAUUUCCAUAUCAAGAGACAGCAAACAGCAAUCAUUUGUCAAAGAAUUUCACUUCUCCAUUCAGAUCAAAUUCAUGUCAAAGAGAAUCUUCAGUUAGACCACGCAUUAUUGGUCAAGGGAGUAACUUGAUCAAGAAGUUCGAUGCGGAGGCAAAACAUAAUUUAAGUAGUCCCUGCAAUAGUCUACCUAGCUAUGAAAAUCAUUUAAGGAAGAAAACUCAAGUGGCAACCAUGGAUUCAUUAGAAAGGCCAUCAAGUGGGCCUCUGGUGGAUAUCUCAAACAGCAUUGGUGCGAAUUCCACAGAUGUCAAGUGGAAUUCUGCUGAGAAGAGAAGACUAGGGAGAAGCACUGUAUCUCCAUUCAAAAGGCCUCGAAGUUCUAAAUUUAUCACCCCAUUUUGUAGAAAUAAGACGUCAAGUCCUAAUGGGAUGCCAUCUUUAACAACUAAUGAAAUCUCUUAUGAGGGACGGGUUUCUACUCGAUUGCCGUUUCAAGUUUCUCGGUUGUAUGUGAAGGAAUAUUUUAGGGAGCCCCCAUUUGGCCGAAGCAAGAUAGAGAACUUGUCAGAUGAGAUAAGGAGGAUGAAUCCAGGUGUUGCUGAAUAUUAUACGUUUCCUGAUGAUUUUGGUUCAGGUUGCAUUGGAGCAGAAGAAUUUUACCAUAUGCUGGUUCAACCUGAAGUUUCUCCGUAUCAUGUGUCGAAAGAGUGGGUUAAAAAUCACUAUAAGUGGAUAGUUUGGAAACUUGCAUCUUAUGAGAGAUGUUAUCCUGCCAAAUUUUCUGGAAAACUGUUAUCAGUUUCUAAUGUACUUGAAGAAUUGAAGUACAGAUAUGACAAGGAAGUAAAUCAUGGGCAUCGAUCUGCUGUCAAGAGAAUUUUAGAAGGAGAUGCACCACCAUCUUCAAGGAUGGUAUUGUGCAUUUCAUCUGUCCUUUCAGUUUGUGGCACAGAGGUUGGCUGUCAACCUAUUGCAUCAAGAGAGGUUGAAAGUGGUGCAGCUGCAAAAAUUGAACUAACAGAUGGAUGGUAUUCUAUCAUUGCUCUACUGGAUGUACUUCUAUCAAAGAAACUGGCAGCUGGGAAACUGUUCAUAGGGCAAAAACUUACUAUCUGGGGAGCUGGAUUAUGUGGGUGGGCUGGGCCAGUUUCGCCACUUGAGGCACCAAGGACAAGCACUUUACUAUUGCAUAUGAAUGGGACAUAUAGAACUCAUUGGGCUGAUCGACUGGGUUUCUGUAAGGUUGAUGGUCUACCACUAGCAUUUAGGUCCAUCAAGAGUACUGGAGGAGUUGUUCCUAGCACAUUGGUGGGAAUUUUAAGAAUAUACCCUGUAGUGUACUGGGAAAGGUCAAGUGAUGGUGGAUUCAUAGUGAGAUCUGAGAGGAUGUACACUAAGAUGCUGCAUUCAUAUAACAAAAGGCGAUCUGUUGUGGUAGAGGAUGUAUUAUCCAAAUUCCAAGGGGAAAACGAAACAUUCCAUACUCUAGAUGAUAAUGACAGUGAAGAAGGGGCUAAAAUCAUGAAGAUGCUUGAGAAAGCUGCUGAACCAGAAGUCAUAAUGGCUGAGAUGACUUCAGAACAACUAACUUCAUUUGCAUCUUAUCAAGCAAAAUUGGAGAUGCUAAGGCACUCAGAUAUGCAGAAAUCUCUUGAGACCGCUUUGAAGGCUGCUGGUUUAGGUGGCAGAGAAGUCACUCCAUUCAUGAGGGUCAAAGUUGUUGGCUUGACAAGCAAAGAUUCUCCACAAAAAUGUUUCCCACAUACGGGCUUGAUUACAAUCUGGAACCCAACAGAGAAACAGCAAUCAGAGUUAGUUGAGGGCAGGGUUUAUGCUGUGUCUUGCCUUACACCAUCAACCUCUGAUUCAAGUACUCUUUAUUUGCAAACCAAUGGAUCAAGUACCAAAUGGCUAUCUUUGUCGCCUUCAGCAAUUGAGCAUUUUAAGCCGUUCUUCACUCCUCGUAAGUCAAUUUUAUUGUCAAAUUUGGGUGAAGUUUCUCUAUCCAGUGAAUUCGAUAUCGCUGCAUGUGUUGUUUAUGUGGGAGAUGCAUAUACAACUGAUCGCCACAAGAAACAGUGGGUGUUUGUGACGGAUGGAUCCAUACAUGGAUUACAUUCAAGGGAACCUUUGGAAUCGCUGCUGGCAAUUGGCUUCUGUUCACCAUUUAGUGACGGUGAUAUGCUUGCACCAGUAAAUUAUAAUUUAGCAGGUUCCACGGUUGGUUUCUGUAAUCUCAUCAAGAGAGCCAAAGAUCAGGUGAACAAUGUCUGGGUUGCUGAAGCAACAGAAAACUCAACCUAUUCUUUGACAUUUGAUGACCGUUGUUACUUCUCUCACUUAAAAGAGGCAGCUGCUUCUACCCAAAAGUGGGCGAGCAACUCCAGCUUGGCUAUUGAGAUUCUUAGAAAGAGAGUUGUGUCUAUUGUCAGCAACUCUGAAGCCUAAAGUUUUGAAAGAUACGGUGGUAUACGCCUCCGCUGUUUGGUUGCUUAUCAUGGAACAAUAAUAAAGCUUGUGCGAUUCAUGUUCACAUGUUUCAUGACGAUCUUCUUUCGAGGUGUAAAGCUGCAUGCCCGGCCCAGACCGGUUAACUUUUGGGAGCUAAAAGGAGGCCGCGAGCCGUUCAGCGUUCCCUGUACCCCAUCGCAGGAUCUGUUCAGCGUACCAGUCUCAGUGUGACCGGCCACUGUAGAAUGGGCUGGGCUUCCAAAUGGUUAUGAUUAUGCGGACCUUUGUCAGUUGUUUUGUGAAUAGAUUUGGAGCCUAAUUGAAAUUCCAAUCUCUCCUCCCGGGUCCAAGGGCCCCACCAAUAGGCGUCCUUGAUUUCAACAGGCGAAGAUCUUCAGCGUAUAGUUUAUGGAUUUCUGGUUUUACUUCUUUCCACAAUUAUUUUUUUUUAAAGUAAAUCGGCAAC